AUGUCCCGCCAGCCCCCUGACGGGUCCCUCCAGCUGCAGUGGGUCUUCGGCUACAACGGACACACGGCCAGGAACAACGUGAAAGUGAACAGCGCGGGGCACUUGGUCUACUACGUGGCGGGCGUCGGGGUCGUGCAUGACAUCGGCCAGAAGAAACAGGCCUUUUACACGGGCCACAACGAUGAUAUCACCAGCCUGGCGAUGAGUGCAGACGGCAAGCUGGUGGCGACGGGGCAGAUGGGCAAGGACGCCUACAUCACCGUCUGGGACUCCUUCACCUGCCAGCCCGUCAGCGUCAUCCACGACGGCCACAGCCACAGCGUCACCAGCCUCGCCUUCUCCUCCGACGGCUCCGUGGAGGAAGUGGAGUGGGAGCCCGGGUCCACCACCAAGCUUGUCACCUGUGGAGCGAAGCACGUCCGGUUUUGGAAACUCCGCGGCAACGUUCUCCAGAGUGUCUCGGGAGUGUUCGGCGGCGAAGGAGUGUCGGACCAGGUGAGCGUGACCCACAUGGCCGACGGGCGCGUGGUGACGGGCUCCGACUGCGGCCACCUCUACGUGUGGGCCAACGCCAAACUAGAAUCGGUCGUAAAGGACGUUCAUCCGGGAGGAGUGCUUGUGACGGAGGUGUACCCUAAUGGGCUCUUGACUGGGGGGAAGGACGGUUCCAUCAGCAUGUUUGACAAGGACCUCAACAAAGUAGCAACAGUACCAGAAGCUCCCAGCCUGGUGUACGACGUGGCCGGACCCAUACACUCUCUCGCCGUUUUCAACGAGAUGGUCAUCGCAGGAACCGAAAAGAACGAAAUUUGGACCGUGCGAGCUCAGGACAAUGACGGGUUUUCGGCGGCGUGCAUCGUGCAGGGCCACGCUGAGUCUGGGGGAUGUUAA